AUGUCUCAUGCAACAGUUCCUCAGGUCCCGGACUCGUACUCGUCACUGAACUACAAAGACAUCGUCGUCAGCCACGUACCCCACGAUGCUCCGGCCGUUACCAAGGUCAUAGUCGUGACUCUGAACCGCCCGGAGAGACACAAUGCCGUCAACGGAAACAUCCUAGAAGAGUUGGUCUCCGUGUUCAACAUCAUAGACGGGGACGACCGCGUCAGAGUUGUCGUCCUGACCGGCGCCGGCAAAUCCUUCUGCGCAGGAAUGGACCUUUCAGAGGGCCCAGGGGGGCUAAUGAAGAUCAAACAGAAUCAAGAUGCGAUGAAUCAGUGGAAAGAUCCUGGUGGACGUGUAGCUCUGGCCAUCUCAGAAUGUUCGAAGCCAACCAUCGUCGCCGUAAAUGGAGGCGCUGCAGGGUUCGGAGCUACGUCAAUCUUAUCAGCCGCGAUCCGAGUUGCCUGGCAGGAUGCCAAAAUCAACAUGCCUUUUGCACGACGCGGAUUGACGAUGGAGUCCGUCAGCGCCUUUUACCUCCCCAAACUCAUCGGCCUCUCAAAGGCAAACCACAUUGUCACAACAGGAAGCACUUACACGGCCUCCGACCCCCUCGUUAGCGGACUAUUUUCCAAGCUGCUUCCUACUCCCGACGAAACUGUAAGGUAUGCCAUCGAGCUUGCUACCGAUGUUGCUGAGAAUACUUCCAUCAUGAGUACCAAGCUGAUGAGGGACAUGAUGCUGUAUUGUCCUGAUACACCGGAGGAGACCCAUGACUUGGACUCCAAGGUGUUUAUCACGUCCUUUGGGUCCAAGGACAACGUGGAAGGUCUGACAAGCUUCAUGGAAAAAAGACAGGCAGAGUUUUCUGGGGAAUUUGAUAGGAGUGAUUUCUCAUUCUAUCCUUGGUGGAAACCGGAGAUACUUAGGUCGAAGAUCUGA